GGGACUGCAGCUUUGACAGCUGUUACGGUGAUGUAAUGUUGCCUGUUUGGUGAGUACGGAUGGCGGUGUGUGCCAGGCUCUGCGGAGUGGGGCAGUCACGGAGGUGUCGGAGACGACAGAGGCCAAGUCACCAGGAUCAUGCCAGUGACUCUGAUUUGGAUAUGGACGAAGAAGAAGAGGAGCGAAUCGUCGGUAAAUUGAAGAGCGAAGCAGGGAAUGGCUGCCAGGAAAGACAGGGUGCUGCAAGGCCUGCACUGGAGACUGACGACACGGCGGCGCCGAGCAGCUCAAAUGCUAACAGACUUGGAUACGAGGAUACGAAUUGCGCUGUUCGACACAAGCCUGAAUCUUUACUGGAUCUUCCCCCAGAACUUCUCGUAGAAAUCUUCUCUCUCUUGCCCGGUACUGCGCUGCCAAAUCUCGCUCUAGUGUGCAAGAAAUUCAGGCAAAUACUGAACACGGAAACCAUUUGGAGGAGAAGAUGCACGAAGGAGUUUGGCAUGAAGGAAGACCUUCGUAAGAUGGAGCUGGCGGGUGUGUCCAGCAGAGAGGUAUAUGUCAAACGUGUGUCGCCGCGCGUCAAGUCGGGACGUUUUAUGAAGCUGCUCCCUGAUUACGAGCACAUGGAUUAUCGGGAUGUGUACACACGCUUGCUGUACCCGUACAGACACAUCCUGGGGCUCUGGCAGCCAGAUAUCGGGCCUUAUGGCGGACUGCUCAACGUGGUGGUGGAUGGGCUGUUCAUUAUCGGCUGGAUGUAUCUGCCUCCGCAUGAUCCCCGGGUGGAGGACCCCAUGAGACGCAGGCCCCUGUUCCGCAUCCACAUGUGGGAGAGCAGCCGGGCCAGCGUGGAGUGCAUGUACGGACACAAGGGGCCUCACAAAGGAGACAUCCAGAUUGUGAAAAAAGAUGAGUUUUCCACUAAAUGCAAUCAGACUGAUCACCACCGCAUGCCUGGAGGACGGCAAGAGGAGUUUAGGACUUGGCUAGAGGAGGAGUGGGGCCGGACGCUGGAGGAUAUCUUCCAUGAGCACAUGCAGGAGCUCAUUCUCAUGAAGUUCAUCUACACCAGUCAGUACGACAAUUGCCUGACGUAUCGGCGCAUAUACCUCCCUCCGCACCUGCCGUCUGACCUGCUGCCUCCGGGCCUCUUCAAGGGCACCUAUGGCAGUCAUGGCCUGGAGAUAAUCAUGCUGAGCUUCCACGGGGCCUGCGCCAAAGCCACCAAACUCACCGGGGACCCCAAUGUGCCUGCAGGCCAGCUGACCCUGACGGUCCACCUGAACCGGCCCGUCCGCCUGCCUGACAUGGAGCGCCAGUGUAGCAUCGAGGAGCUGUCGGGGCUGGUGCUCGGCCUCCACGAAGAGGCGCAGGCAGAGGCACGGGUAGCGGAGGCUAGUGGAGGAGCAGGAGCAGCAGGAGGAGGAGGAGGCCUGGGUGAGAGCUCCAGGUCCAGCUCCGCUCCCAUGGCCGAAGAGCAAGAAGAGGCGGGAGCAGCAGCUGUGGAGGACGUGGAGGUGGACGUCUCCCCCAGCUCAGGGGCUUCUUCAGGGACCUCUAGGCCUGCUGCGGAGCCUCAGCCAUUCGUCUUGCCUCUUGGUGUGAUAGCGCGCAAUGAGGACUACCCUCGCUCUUGCAGAAUGUGUUUUUAUGGGACCGGCCUCAUAGCGGGUCAUGGCUUCACCAGUCCAGAGCGGACCCCGGGCCUGUUUGUCCUGUUCGAUGACAACCGCUUUGGCUUCAUCUGGCUGGAGCUGAAGUCCUUCAGCCUGUAUAGUCGCCUGACCGACCCGCUGGCUCACGCCCUGGCUCCCAACAUGGAGCGCUUUGAGCUCAUGCUCCACAACAUGCAGUCUUGGACAUCCUAAUAGCUUUGCUAUUCUCAGACUGUAGGCUUUCACUCCCUCAUACUCAGCAAAACAUGGCCAACGCACCUCCACAUGCCUUCACUGCUAUCUUAUAUAUUCAACACACACACACACACACACACACACACACACACACACACACACACACACACACACGCACACACUUAGUGCAUACCGUAUACAGCACAUGUAUCCUCGUCCACACAACCUGAAACCUCCCAAUAGCCACAGCAACAGCCCACAAAGAAUAUCACCAUAGCAGCAUGGCCACCGAGGAUGUAUAAUACCAAGGCUUUCUUAUCAGCUUUUUAUUAAUUUAUUUUUGUAAACCGGACACAGUGACGACAUCCCAUACUGGGACUCUGGAAAAAAAACAACUAAAAAGACUAUGCGUGCCUCUAAUCAGGGUUGCCAAUUCCGCUUGUCAUAAGCAACUUUGGGCUCGUGACUUUUUUAAAUGAUUAUUUAUGUCAUUUUGGGGGUUGGCCAUGGACAUACUCUAUCUACCGCCUUCAUAAAAUGCACACACCCCAACUAAAUUCAAAGUUAAUGCCAGAGGGGUCACUGUGGAAUUAUUGUAUUCCUAAAAAAUACUAACAAAUACACAUUGCCAAUCAGGCAUGCACACUAAAUCAAAUCAAUGAUCAACAAAGAAGAAAGACCUAAAUUGAGUUCAUUCUGCAUUGAAACAAUGCAUCGCUUGCACCAAUCACCCCAUUUUUAUCUAAAAAGAUUAUUCCAUUUUUUUUAUUUUUCCCCAUCCAACCCAAUCAUGAUAUUAACAGUUUAUUUUUCUCAUCCCACCCCAUAAUGAUAUUAACAUGACCCAGCCCUUUGGUAAUCAUCCCAAAUCUUGUUUUGUUUUUGACCACAGAUGAUUAUGUUCCCCCCAUGGUCUUCAUUUUGGAUUCCUUUACAUCAUCCUUAUUUUGUCUAUUUUUAUGGCGGAAUAUGGCAACACUGGCUCUCAUUUAUGUUGGUGAUAUUUAAGGGAAGGACCUAGUUAGGCCUGUGCAGUAGAGCUCUUAAAACUGUCCUGUUUGGCUCAGAAUAUUAUUGGGAGUCCUCUUAAUUUGAAUUAAUCAAAAUAUAUGUAUUCAAAAGCAACUUUGCUGGUAUUCUACUUAACUAAGGAUCCUCUUUAUAUAAGAUACACUUAUUACGUUUUAUUAUUCUCCUCCCACCAAUGUUAGUCUGUAUUCUCUCAAGGAUGUUUAUUUAUUUAUCCCAUGCAUAGAGAUAGUGUGAAGUAAUAUUCUAUGGUUACAACUUGUGUAAAGAAGUAGUGGUACGCACAUCCAAAGCGUAGAUGCAGGACAAAAAGAGUCAAAUAAAAUAAAAUGAUAUGUCCACACACUCACGCUCAUGUUUGCCGUUUUAUGUCACAGUGAAUGUGUUUGAGCUAUUCGCUCAAGAUCACUUGGAAAUAAAAUGGCAGAAUGAGUGUAUAUGUGCAGACAUUCCAUUUUAUUUUAAGAUUGCUACUUGUGCCAUCUUGAAUUUAUCUGUAUCGACUGUGGUUGUAGAAUGCCAUGUCCCAGCUGUUCUCAUCUCAGUAUGUCAUGAAGUAUAUGAUACUAGAUAUGACCAAUAUCUCAACCAUGCUCUGUUCUGACCUCAUAUGAUUACUUGAAUACUUUUGGGGACGAUUGACCUACAAUUUGACUCUGUGCCCAUAUUGUUUAAAGGUUGAGCAAACCCAAUUGGGGUCACCAUAAAAGUCUACUUAUUUACUCAAGAUCAUUCAUGUCAACCAAUAUUUGAAUCACUUGUUUUCCCUUCAGAAUGUGUCACAUCUGUUGCUAUUUUAGUGAAUGACCCCGUAACUACUGAAGUCAGAUUAUACAGUAUGUCAUGUUUGGCAGAGCUUUGAAAUAGCUAUUGGUAACUUGCUAUAAUCUGACGAGCAGUGCAUGACGAUUUUUUGUUUUCUUUGUUUACUUUUAAAGACAAAAAAUACUUGACAUGGAGUACAUUUCAAGGAAUUCUAAUUAAGUUGACUUGGAAAAACUAUGUCUGUGCUUAUGUUUGAUUAAAGCUGCUUUAUGUGAUGUAGUAAACGUGGUCCUUGUAGAUGUUGUCAACCUGUGAUGCCAGUUCAACAUUAUUAACAUGUCCAUAGUGACCCAUCAUGGUGGAACAUAGUGGGGCAGAUUGGCAGUACCUAGAUAAAGGACUGGAUGGGACUGAGACAAAAAUCCUUCACAAACUAGACAGAAGGGGACGGAGACCCGAUCUGCUUUUGAGAUGCUGAUUAAAAAUGGCGUUAUUGUAGCCACAUCAAACACAUACACGGUUAUGUACAAACCCCAACUCCGGUGAAGUUGGGACGUUUGGUAAACUGAGAAUAAAAUCAAAAUGCUAUCAUUUUCAAAACAUUCAAUACAUUCCUUAGAUGGAGAAAAGUGAAAAGACAACAUAUUAAGUGUUAAAACCGAGAAAAAAUAUUGUUUUAGGGGACAUACUGUAUGUACUCAUUUCUAAUUUGAUAACUGCAACACGUCUCAAAUAAGUUGGGACGGGGAUCAGUGAAAUGUUAACAUCGAAAUAAGAUUUAAAAAAAAAACAAGGAAGAGCAUUUCAAAAUGAAUUGUACUGAUGAACAAUUUGAAUGUCCAGGUAGACAAUCACAGAGUCACUCAGAAUUAAAGAUGCAGAGGGAACAAUUACCAUAGUUAUUACAUAAAGUUUUGAAUUCCCUUGAUUUACCGUGAUUGAGUGUAUAUAAGACAUAUUUUUGUCAUUAAAAUCAUUGUAUAGGUUCAUGACAUCAUGAAAUAUAGAUUGGCUGUAGUCUCACUCUAGCACUCCGAGAAUUACAGCUAGUGAAAACUUGACCAUAUUAAGGACGCUUCAUGUGUGCAAAUGAUGGAGGGGUUUAACAUUCCCCAAUCCAGCCGAGCUCACUUGAAAUAGAGCCAGAAGACAUGGGAAACUGUCCUUUCCUUACAGAAGUCAGCAGCAGUUGCAGAAGUCAAUUCUUUUUUAAAAUAAUAGAGUCUUGCACAUCCUGUGCUACAGUGAAAAUUGACCAUGCAACUUGUGUUAGUGCUAACUUCAAAAGUCAGCCUCCAUGAUAGCAUGGGGGUGCAGUAGUACAUUGGUUAAGCUGUUCUAACUCACCUGUAGAAUGGAAUACAGUGCUGAAUUAAAUAAAUGGGUUUUAAACAGCAUGAAAAGCCACUUGUGCAAUAUAUUUUG